AUUCCCGGAAGUGACGCAAAAUGUAGGCGUUGGGCCUAGCAAUGGCGUCAGAUGGUGAAGCCUCGGCUCCAGUUGAGUUGGGUUUCGUGGAGCCGGCGCCCGCGGUCCGGCUGCUGAGCUCGCAAUUCCCCAGUAAAGUGGGCGGGCGGCCGGCGUGGCUGAGCCGGCAACUCCCGGAGCCCGAGCGGUUGCGGUGCGGCGGCUGCGCGCGGCCGAUGAUCUUCCUUCUGCAGGUGUACGCGCCGCGGGGCCGCGCCUUCCACCGCACGCUCCUCGUCUUCUGCUGCGCGCACUCGCCCUGUCCGCGCCGCCGCUUCGCUGUUUUCCGGAGCCAGCUUGGCCGCAUCAAUGAGUUUUACUCGCCCGAGCCCCAGCCCGAGCCCGAGGCUGAGCCGCCGCCGGGGCCGGGGCCGGGGCCGGGCCGGGCCGGGGCCGGGGCCGGCCUCCGCCUCUGCCGCGUCUGCGGAGCCUCGGGACCCAAGAGCUGCUCCCGCUGCCGCUGGGCCCAUUACUGCGGGAAGGAGCAUCAAAGCCUGGAUUGGAAAGCGGGACAUCGAGAGGCCUGUGGCCAGGCGCUGGGUAAAGCAGGUAGUUUGUCUUCCCUCAACAUCCUUUUCCCAGAGUUUGAACUGGUGAUGGAACUUGAGGACUCUGAGGACCAGGAGCGAGAAAAUGUGACAUGUGGAGAGCCACUGGUGGCAGCAGGCCAUGAUUGUGUGACUGAGGGCCUUGACCACGAGGAGUUGGAGGCCAUGGCAAAACAUGAGUCAAAGGAAGACCGCAUCUUUGCAAAGUUUAAGAGGAGGAUAGCACUUGCGCCUGAUCAGGUGUUGCGUUACUGCAGAGGAGGAAGCCCAUUGUGGGUGUCUGAGGAGAAUGUUCCUUCCGAUGUAGAUAUCCCCAGCUGUGCAUGUGGGGCUAAACGUGAAUUUGAAUUUCAGGUAAUGCCACAGCUUCUGAACCAUCUUAAAAUGGACAGUUUUGGAGAGAGUUUGGACUGGGGAACACUUGUUGUUUAUACCUGUGAACAAAACUGUGACCACGGCAACGAAUACAGUGCAGAAUUUAUCUGGAAACAGGAUUUUUCUGCGGAUCACCUGUAAUUGUUCACUGCAUCUCUAUCAGCUUCUCUUUUAAUUAAGAUAUUUGCUAAAAAAUGUAAGGUACUAUACAGAUAAUAAAUCAGUAAUUUUA